AUGAAUCCCAGUCCUGACCGCGGCAAAGAGUGCCUCCCUCCCAAGAAGAGGGAGUCUCGACAGGGCUCCACAGAUCUGCCCCUGGAUGAGUUCAAACCCCCUGUGCCACUGCGGGUUAGGCCCAGCACAGGGAGGGGGGAGGGGGUGCUGAGUAACCCCAACAGCCACCUCUUGCACACCCCUCCCCCUCUGCCCGUGCCAGCCCCCAGCCUGCCCCUGCCCCUGCCAUGGCACCUGGGCUACUCUCCCUCGGUGUCGCUGCCCCUGUUCCCAGGGCAGGUGGAGAGGAGGGGGGCAGGCUCUCCGGCCUGGAGGGAUGACCCCCUGACCUCACCUAUACCUCACCACUCGCGCUGGCACAGGGGGGACGGCCUCCUCUCUCUGCCCCCUCCUCCCUCCUCCUCCUCCAGCUCCUCAUUCAAAGCCCCCUACCCCGCAGACUCCAGGGAGAUGUGGUCCUACAUGAACAGUGGGCGCCGGGACUACAGCUCCUCUCUCUUUCCCUCCACGUACCUGUUCGGACACCCCUCUCUGUACCCCCAGGACCCGCCUCUGUCAGACCCCAGACACCGCUACGCUGGGAAGAGGCACAAUGGUCUGGAGGGCCCUGGCAGCAGGACUGCCUCCUCCUCCAAGCCUCUGCUGGGAGAAUAUGGGAAUGAGAGCAGCCGGCUGGACAUCAGUCCACACAGCACUCAUGCCAACGGAGCGCGCAGACAGCAGGACAGUCUGUCCUCUCUGUGUCCGUCUGGAGGGCUGUUCCUGUCAGAGCUGCCCGCUCAGGAAGAGCCACAUUCCUCCCUGCAGGACAGACACGCACACACAGUGAAGAACAGCUCCACUCUGCUCUCUCCUCUGGGACCAGACGCCCGUGGCGGGAGGGGAGAUGUGUUGGACCCCUUGGGGGUGGCCAUAUCAGAAGCACAGGUGUAUUACUCUUUAGGAAUGUCUCCAAACUAUCCUCUCUACAGUCCCUCAGGAACCCCUCUGUACAACCUGCACAGGGACACAGGGUCCAGGCCACAUGCAGUCCGGAGCACCCCCCACUCGCCUCUGGGUGUGUCCAAUAACCACGACCGGCCCCAAAGAGAGCGAGAGCACGAAAAGGACAGAGACAGAAGCAAGGACAAAGAAAAGCACUUAGCACACCACAAAGACCAACACAGGGACAGUGAGCCAGAGCGGAGACGGGACCGGAUCAGAGCGAGGGAUUCUCCGGACCGCACGCACUCAUCGCCCCCUGCACUCCUACCUCACUUCACCAAGGGAUCCUUGAUCGAGCUGGCCGGAGGGCGGCUGAAGCGCGUGGAGGAGCUGAGGACAGAGGACUUCCUGAGGAGCGCAGACACCUCCUCAGACCUGCACCUCAGCACCUGUAAGGUCCUGCUCAUCUCCCCCAGCAGCAGCCACGGCUUCAGCCACCUGCAGGUGCACCUCACCGACCGCAACACUCAGGAGUUACUGAAGGUCCUGGUGGAGUACCCCUUCUUCGUGCGGGACAGGGGCUGGUCUUCUUGCUGCCCCCUGAAAACCCUGCAGCUCUACAGCCUGCCCUGCCGCCAGCUCGCCGAGGGGGACGUGUGUCUGGCCCUCACCCCCACCCUCACCCCGCGGGCGCGUCCCAGGCCUCACCGCUCCUCCAGAACACAGCACAGAGAGGAGAUGCCGCCGCCGCCUCCGCCCCCACCCCUGCCCCAUCACCACCACCACCAACACCAACACAACCCCCCUCCCAGCGUCCCGGCCACUCCGCGCUCUGCAGUCACCUCACAGACAGACAGCAGGGGGCAGUCUCGUCCACGUAAGCGUCGAUGGUCUGCCCCGGACUCUUACCCCUCCACGGGAACUGAACACGGCGUUUUGGAUUUACCUCAUGGCUCCAAGCUGAUGAAGUGGCAGUAG